UUUUAAUCCCAUCUGCCUCGUCUCACGAGAAACCAGCUUCGCGCCCAGCGCUGGCGAGCGCCUACUCUUUUAUUUAUUCGCUGAAGUGGGAAGCUCCCCGGAGCCCCGCCAGCCUGCGCGUCUGCCUGACAGCCUCCACGCCAGAAGUAACCGCGCAGCGUUUCUCGCUGGGGAGAAUCAAGCCCUUUAUCUGCAGUAGUAAAUUCAGUCUCUGCUAAAAGAUGGUCUCUGUUGAAAUUGCUGCGGAGUUGCUGUUUAUGCCAAUUCUGGGUUUUAGGGAAACACCUGUUUGGUAGGGAAAGGACCGAGACAGUAGAGCAGCUGUCAAAAAAUAUUAGACGCCUCUCCCCUAGCAAUCUGCACAAGUGAGAUUGUGUGUGCCCCACUCACUUCAACUUGCUCCUACAAGUGUCUGGGAGGAUUUCACUGUGCCGAGUGGUGUUUUGUUCGCCAUGCGGAGACAUUCACAAGCGGUCUAGAAGUCUUUUCCAUGUCAGUGCUUUAUAACCCAGGCUCCAUAAAUUUGGGUACAUAUGAGAAGAAUCUGGAAAUGAUGAUCUGAAGGUACUAGUUCUGACACAAAGGUGGCAGCUCAGGUUGCCAGGGAAGAGUCAGAGCUCAGCUCCACCAGUGGCUUUCUGUCCUACACUGUGCCUUAAACAUGGAAACUGUAGAAAUGAAUAGUGUAUCCUUGAAACGUCCUCACUCUGAGGAUGAUGUGGCUAAUGCAGAUGAAAUUAAAAGACAGAAGACCUCAGAGAAGUCUAAGACAGGGAACGACUCUGGGCAAAGCAUUGUAACAGAACAACCUGACAAAUCUCUGCUUGAGAACACAAAAAAUGAAAUAAUCCCCAAUGAGGAAAGUGAGGAGCAGGAAGAUGAGGAACUAGAGGACAGUGAUGAAGAUGGAGAUCCAGAGAGCUUUGCAGACAUGAUGAAGCAUGGACUGACAGAAAGUGAUGUUGGCAUAACUAAAUUUGUUAGCUGUCAUAAAGGGUUUUCUGGAAUCUUAAAAGAGAGAUAUUCAGACUUUGUUGUCCAUGAAAUAGGCAAAGAUGGACGUGUGAGCCAUUUGGAUGACUUUUCAGUUCCAGUGGAUGAUGAGGUAAAUCUUGAGGACCCAUCAGAAGAGACAUUCACAGUUUUGUCAGAUGAAGACAAGCAGCGUUUAGAGGAGCUCCAGCUUCUUAAGAAUAAGGAAACUAGUGUUGCCAUAGAGGUAAUUGAAGACACCAAAGAAAAAAGAACAGUUAUCCAUCAGGUGGUGAAGUCCUUGUUUCCUGGACUAGAGACUAAAACAGAGGAUCGAGAUGGAAAAAAAUACAUUAUUGCUUAUCAUGCUGCUGGGAAAAAAGCACUGGCAAAGGUCAGAACUGCAACAGAUCCAAGAAAACACUCUUGGCCAAAAUCUAGGGGAAGCUACUGCCAUUUUGUUCUGUACAAGGAGAACAAGGAUACUAUGGAUGCCAUUAAUGUCCUAUCCAAAUUUUUAAGAGUGAAGCCAAACAUAUUUUCCUACAUGGGAACUAAAGAUAAGAGGGCUAUAACAGUUCAAGAGAUCGCUGUUCUUAGAAUCACUGCACAAAGACUUGCUCAUUUGAAUAAAUGUUUGAUGAACUUCAAACUAGGAAACUUCAGUUACAAGAACCAUCCACUGAAAUUAGGAGAACUUCAAGGAAACCAUUUCACUGUUGUUCUCAGAAACAUAACAGGCACUGAUGACCAGAUAGAGCAAGCAAUGCAUUCUCUCAGGGAAAUUGGCUUCAUUAAUUACUAUGGAAUGCAAAGAUUUGGAACCACAGCUGUUCCUACAUAUCAAAUUGGCAGAGCUAUUCUACAGAACAAUUGGAAUGAAGUAAUGGAUUUGAUAUUAAAACCACGACCAGGAGCUGAAAAGGGAUACUUAGUAAAAUGCAGAGAAGAAUGGGCAAAGACUAAAGAUCCAGCAGCAGCCCUCAGGAAACUACCCGUAAAAAGGUGCGUGGAAGGACAGCUUCUACGUGGACUCUUAAAGUAUGGAAUGAAGAACAUAAUCUCUGCAUUUGGCAUAAUACCAAGAAAUAAUCGUUUAAUGUAUAUUCAUAGCUACCAGAGUUAUGUGUGGAAUAAUAUGGUGAGCAAGAGAAUAGAAGAAUAUGGGCUUAGAGCUGUAGCAGGAGAUCUCACACUUAAAGGAGCCACAGCUGUUCAUAUUGAAGAAGGAGAUGUUGAUAACUACACUAUUCACGAUGUAGUGAUGCCAUUGCCUGGAUUUGAUGUUAUUUACCCAAAACAUAAAAUUGGUGAGGCUUACAAGGAAAUGCUGGUAGCUGACAAUCUUGAUAUCAACAACAUGAGGCAUAAGAUCAGAGAUUAUUCACUUUCUGGAGCAUACAGAAAGAUUAUUAUUCGACCUCAGAAUGUCAAUUGGGAGGUCGUUGCAUAUGACGAUCCCAGAAUCCCAUUGUUUAAUACGGAUUUGGAUAAGCUGGAAGGAAAACCAUUACCAGUUCUUCCUACAGGUAAGUUGAUUUGUCAAUGGAUGUUUGUAAAAUAGAAGUUUGAUCUGGGUGUUGCUUUGAACUACUACGUUUGAAAUACUACACAUUUUAAGGAAGAGCUUUCAUUUAACUAGACUGUUAAGCCGUGGUAUUAAAGAUAUCCAAAGUUAGGUGUCUGAAUAAGAACCUUUGUUUCUCAAGUGUGCAAGCAAUUCUUCCAGCAGUCUGUGUUAUA